UAGCCAUGAUUAUCUAACCCCAUUCAUUAAAUCAAUUGGUGCCAUAUGUACAUUGUACCCAGGUAUCUAUGUACUUCAGCCACACCUGCUGCCCCGUUUUCUCUUCCUCAAUCCUCAACACUAAAACAAAAACCAACCUUCAUCUUAAACAAUGUCAAUAUCGCGGCUUUGAAUAUUCUAAUACUAAUGACACGAUAAUUAUAUCUCAACUUCUCUCCACGAAGGACUUAGCUAUCCCCAUUCGCCAUUUCACGUGCUCUCAGCCCAAUUAAACCAAUGCGGAUACUAAAGAAGCUUGGCCAUGAGCUGAAGAUAAAAAUAGGAAAAGAUUGGCUUAUGUCUUAGCUAUUUUAUAUCUAGCAGAUGUAACCAGAACUUCUCACACCCCUUCGAUUAGGUAGAUACCUACCUGCAGCUAGGUAGGUAGGUCCUAGUGCAAGGAUAUGUACGGGCCUUUUUAGUUUCUGUAACUAGAAGAGAAUCCUAUAAGCCCGGGCCCCCCCUAUCAGCCCAUCUCUGUCGCGAACCGAAAAAAAUAAUAAUAAUAUGAUUUGUUCUUAAUCCCUCCUCUGCAAAGCAACCUGGUGAAAAUAAUAAAAAAUAAUAAGGAUACAUUGAAAGAUACAUACAUACCUACAUACAUAUAAUUCACGCACGAACCAAGAGGAUGUCGAUGACUGACUAUUCCGGCUGGGCCAUCCGCCGAAAUGGUUCUUGCGUCGGGGAAGUCGACUGCGGGCAGACCAGAGCUCCCUACCACGCGUGCUGCCCAUCCUCGACCGAGUGUCCGAGCCAGUAUAACGUAGCAUGCUGUCCGUUCGGCCAGAACUGCACGGCGGCGGCCGUCGAGACCCCUCGCUGCGCCAAUGGGUCGUGGGCCAUGUUCGACAACGCGGGUUACUUCUGCUGCGAAAAGGGUUAUAUAGGUUACAACUACUACGGCUCCGACGGGUGUUCUAAGUCGGGGGCCGUCUUGCCGGACGGCGCGUUGCCUCUCGCCGAGAUCUCUCAAGUCAGGCUUUCCUCAAGUUCGACAGCGCCGACAACGACAACAUCAUCAUCAUUAUCAACCGCAUCACCCACAGCAUCACCCACCUCAGAUGCACAAUCCGACUCAGAUAACCCUUCACCCGUCGGUCCGAUAGUCGGGGGCGUGGUGGGAGGAGUCGCGUUUCUCGGCCUCGUUAUCAUAUGUUUAUGGUUCGUCCGGCGGCGGAAAGCCCGGGUGCAGCAAGACGUCCAGCAGAGCUUCAUGCUGAACCAAGAGCCUCCCCCCAAAGAGCAUCCACCCGGAGAGCUUCCCUCGGAGCCUCGAGCGGCAUAUCCUCCUCAAGGCCCCCCGGGCCCGCCCUCGGUCUCGAUCUCGACGAUCAACGAGAAAUUCGCGCCGUCCGUGAAGCCCUCUCAAAUGGAGAUCGACGGCACCCCGCGAGCCGAAUUACCGGAUGCCGCUACUACGAGAUACGAGCUGGCUUGAAACGUCUGUGUGCGUAGGUGGCGUCGGCGCAUUUCUAUAUGCCUAUACAAAACGCGGUAGAAACUGUAGAUGGCAGGCAACCGACGCCACAAGUUUCAUAAGGGGUGGGACAAGAAGGAGAAUAAAAAGUUUUCGGUGACACGUUGUUCAUAAACAAGGGAUAUUUUUAGAUACAGACGGGGAAACGUCUUGUAUAUAUCGUAAACUUCAUGCGCAGAGCGAUUGAUUCUUAUUAAAUUCUUAAUUUACAUAGAAAGCCGUCAAGGGAUGCGCUUUGUCACAUAUCAUGAUUCAGACCUAAUAUUAAACAGGUACCUACCUACCUAACCUAAUAAACCUAAAAUCACGCUUAAGCUAUCAUAGGUAGUAGCCAGCAUUGCAAAUGACUUGGUGUUGGCUUCUAUCAGGUUUUCUAUAUCACAAGGCUCAGCUAACUCGCGUGAUACAAG